AUGGCUACAAUUCCAAGGCAUAAACUUCUCACUCCUCUCCUCUUUCUUCUCACCUUCUGCCUUUGCUUUAACCUUUCUCUGUCUUUUCACGACGGCGAGCCACCGGUGAAGCGAAGCGGUGGUGGAGAGAAGGAAGAUGAGGUUACCAAAUUUCAGAGCUUGGAGAGGCCAUCAAGAGACUGUGAUUUGACUAUGGGAGAGUGGGUUUUUGAUGCAUCUUACCCUCUUUAUGAAGGGAGCUGCCCGUUUCUGAGUAGCCAGCUUAGUUGCCGGAGGAAUGGCCGGCCGGAUUCCGACUAUGAGAAGUGGCGUUGGAAGCCACGGCGGUGCUCCCUUCCAAGGUUUAAUGCCUUAGAUUUUCUAGAGAGAAUAAGAAUGAAGAGAGUAAUGCUUGUGGGAGAUUCCAUAAUGAGAAGCCAAUGGGAGUCUCUCGUCUGCUUGGUGGAAGCAGUCAUUCCAGUUGAUCGCAAAUUGGUUUCUUCCAAUGGCCCCUGUGUGGCCUUCCAUGCCUUGGAUUAUGAGGCUUCCAUAGAGUUUUCGUGGGCUCCUCUUCUUGUAGAACUGAGAGAAGAAGGAGAGAAGAAGAGAAUCCUUCACCUUGACUCCAUUGAAGAGAAUGCCAAGUACUGGAGAGAAGUAGAUGUUCUCAUGUUUGAUUCUGCUCAUUGGUGGACUCACACAGGGAAAUGGAGCUCGUGGGACUUGUAUAUGGAAGAAGGAAGGUUGUUUAAGGAGUUGAAUCCAAUGGUAGCUUAUGAGAAGGGACUUACCACAUGGUCAAAGUGGGUGGAUAUGAACUUAGAUCCUCGAAGAACUCGUGUUAUGUUUCGCAGUGCAUCUGCCCGUCAUAAUCGGGAGAACGGUUGGCAAUGCUAUAAGGUCAGAGAGCCACUGGUAUAUCUAAGCUACAGCCCUGAAGCACCAGGGCAACUUACAGUGCUACGUGGGGUGCUAAACAAGAUGAGCUUUCCAGUUUAUCUUAUCGAUGUCGCAAAGAUGUCAGCUCUAAGGAGAGAUGGGCACCCAUCACUGUACACCAAAUCUCAUGUUAACCAAGGAAGAAUGGACUCUCCUGCAGAAUUAGGGCUAGAUUGCAGCCACUGGUGCCUUCCAGGCGUGCCUGAUUCCUGGAAUGAGAUGCUUUACUUCCUUCUUCUCUAG